UACCAAUAUUUGACGUAAAACUCCUGUACACAUGGAAAAAUCAUAAUCGUUCAAUCUCAAGCUUUACUUGUCAAGUGUCAAGUCAUUUCAUCCUCGUUGAAUCACCUAGUCCUAGGGUUUCACCUUUGUCCGACACCACGCACCAGUGGAGGCAAAUAUCUGUAGAAGUCUCUACAUAUUGACUGAAAAUUCGUGCGAAAAAUUGGGACCGCGCUAUUAUAUCAUGUGAUACUGAGCAACAAGAUAUCAUCAGCUGUCACCGUCGCAGCAUGAUGGUAGUGCGACAAUGUUAAAACAUUUAAUCGGGAAACUAUUCCUUCGAAAGUGUGAUUUUGAAUACUCCAAAAUGAACAAAGAGAAAGAAGACAGUCUUUGUUGGUUUCAUGGCAAAAUUACCAGAGAAGCUGCAGAACAAAUUGUUAUAAAUGUGGAAGGAAGUUGUGAAGGAACAUUUCUAGUUCGUGAAAGCAACACUGCAGUUGGAGACUAUGUACUUUCAGUCUUGCAUGAGGGAGAGGUAGUGCAUUAUCAGAUAAGGAGACAUGGAGAAGAUGCAUUUUUCUCCAUAGAUGAACACACCAUUAUCCAUGGCCUAGAGACUCUUAUAGAAUAUUAUCAGGAAGAUGCCCAUGGCCUUGUAACCAAACUUGCCCUGGUGUGUAAAAAGGAUCCUCCACCUCAUGAUUCACGAAGACAUGGUCGUACUAACCUUUUACAUCGAGCUACAAAAGAAGGAAAUUAUACAGUUGUCUCAGAGUUACUGAAGUGCGGCUAUCGUAGUUUGGAGGCAAAAAAUCAAGAUGGACAAACAGCAGUGCAUUUAGCUAGUCGUCUUGGGAAAGACGACAUUCUUAAGAAGCUAAUUGAAAGUGGUGCUAACUAUGCUUGCCAGAGCAACUUACCAAACACAGUGAGGGUUUUGGUUCAGGUGGGCUACGCCAACAUUCAGGCCCGAAAUUCUGAAACGGGUUGGGUUCCUUUACACGAAGCUGCGAGCAGAGGGCACAAAGAGGUGGUCAAAGUCCUUUUGUCUUUGAAUGCACCUGUUAACCCUCGCACUGUGGCUAAUGAUACACCUGCUGACUUGGCAAGGCGGAACAGCCAUCUUGAAUGUGCUCGAAUGCUUCGAAAUUACAAAAGUCCACCACCAAAAACUCACAAGAAAGAAUGGUAUCAUGGUACUCUGGAUCGGAAUGAGGCCAUUGCUUUGUUAAAGGAAUAUGGUAAUAGAGAUGGAACGUUCUUGAUUCGAUAUAGUGAUCGUAAUGGUGGAAUGUAUGUUCUGACAACAAUACAUGCAGAACAGCCAUAUCAUUUUCAAAUUAAAACUCAGGACACUUACUUUUUCAUAGAUGAUGGACCAUAUCUAGACUCUUUGGAACAUGUCAUAGAACAUUAUAGUCACUUGUCAGAUGGUUUACCAAUUACAUUACAGUACCCAGUACCUCCCAAACCUAAACCCCCUGUACCAGAAAUGCCACCAUCAUUACUGUUGAACGGAUCGUCAACUUUGCCCAGUCGUCAUGCUCUUCGACGUUCUCCGAACCGCAGUCCUGUUUCUCCUGCCUCUAGUGCUGGAGUGUCUCCUUCUCAUAGUCGUCGUGGCUCUCUUACAUCAAAUGCCGCCAACAACAACAGUCAGCUUGACAGGAACCAUAAUACAGAAUCACCUCCUGUGCCUUGCUCCUUACGUGUGCCACCUAUCCCACCCAUUCCCCUUCUUCCAGAGACUCGUUCUACCCCAUCGGAUUUCAUUUCCCGUGAAGCAUUGGUGUUGGGACAAGUCUUGGGAGAAGGCGAGUUCGGAUCUGUGUACAAAGGCAAACUUUUGACUACUGAAGGCAAGCAGAUAGAUGUGGCUAUCAAGACCUUACAUCAAGAACACGUGGAUGCCAAUAGAGAUGAGUUUUUGCGAGAAGCAAAAGUAAUGAUGGGUCUUUGUCAUCAUUGUAUUGUACGACUUAUUGGAGUUUCAAAAGGUCCCCCUUUGUUGAUGGUCCAGGAAUUAGUACCACUUGGCUCCAUGUUGGCCUAUUUAUUGGAAUUUCCUGACAGAGUCAAUCCUAAUUAUGAACUAAAAGUGUGGGCUUCGCAGAUAGCUUGCGGAAUGAAAUAUUUAGAAGAACAGAGAUUUGUUCAUAGAGAUCUUGCAGCUCGUAAUAUUCUUCUUGCAUCUCGACAUCAAGCAAAAAUAAGUGAUUUUGGUUUGUCAAGAGCUCUUGGAGGUGGACAAGAGUAUUAUCGAGCUACUAGAGGAGGACGUUGGCCUAUUAAAUGGUAUGCUCCUGAGUCGUAUAAUUUUGGUACCUUUUCACAUGCUAGUGAUGUGUGGAGUUUUGGUGUUACACUGUGGGAAAUGUUUUCAUAUGGGAAGCAGCCUUAUGGGGAGAAGCGAGGAGUUGAGGUCAUUCAGCUAAUAGAGAAAGGAGAGCGAUUAGCUCAAACUCCUAGUUGUCCUAAUGAAGUAUACAGGAUAAUGGAGCGCUGCUGGGCCUAUCAACCCAAAGAUCGACCGACCUUCAAUGAACUCAUGGAAAUCUUCUCUUCUGAUCCAGAAUAUAUCAAUAUCAAAGAACUUGUUCUCGAAAGUACAAUCAGUUGAGAGUUUUUAGUAGUUUCCAGUAAUUUUUGUUGUAAAAAAGAUUGAUCUUAAGUCUAAGCUAUUGCUACUGUUGAACAUUUCUACUUAACAUUGCCUGAAUUUUUUAUUCUUAUGUUUGCUGUUUUAAAGAAUCUCUAAUGAAUCAUUGAUUGAUAUCCUUGUUCAAAAAUCAGAUAUUGAUGUUUAUACUUCAGCUUAAUCAUUUUUCUUUAUUAGAAAAGAAAAAUAGAAGCAAAGAAUCAAAGGAAAUGUGAAGUACAGAUUUUAUAUUUUAUAUUGUUACCAUAGUCAAGAUAAAUAAUUCUCUUGUAAUGCAAAAGUGUCCAUUUCACUCAGUAUCAAUCUAGUAAACAUAUGAAGAAUAAUUUCAUUCUAAUAGAAAUGAUAUAAUUAUUUUUAUUGUGCCAAAAAGAAUAUAGACUUUUGAGUUAUGACUGCAGGAAAGGUAGUGUUCAGUGGAGCUGCUACUAAGAAUUAAAGGAACUAGUUUCCUAGAAUGAAAGAGAAAAGGGAAAAAGAGUAGGUUUUUAUUUGUGAGAACUAUGUCUUUCAUUUAUCUUAGAAUAAUUGCUUUUUAAUUCCACAUUAGAUCAACUUUAUGACAUUCAGCAAUUAUAUGAUAAUAACAAUUAUUGUUUGCUCAUUAGUAUGUGUUACCACAGUAUCAUUAAAUAGUUUUUUCACAUGCCAUUUGACAAUGAAAUAUAAGUGUUCCUGAAUAAGUUAUCUUUGGUACAUAUCAGUUAUAAUAGUUUGUUUGAAAUCUAGGAUGUGUUAAAAGUAUUUCAAGGUGACUUAGUUUACUUGUGAUCAUCUUGUAUUGAAAUGAGAUAUCAAAUUUUUAGAGUGGAAAUAUCAAUGGGGAGUAUUAAAACGUGAAAUAACGUAUUUUUAAAGUCUUUAGAGGACUGAAAAAUUAGUUCGUAAAUAUACUUCUUUUUGUUUCAAGCAUUUUUUCCUCCUUGAAAUCUUUCCUUUUCCCUUACUGUUUUCAUUAAAGGAAUUCAAACAAGCCACCUGUAAAGUAUUGACUUUAAAGAAAUGCAUAGGUAUGUAGUAGUUAGUACUCAUGUUUUGAAGAAAAAAGAAAAAAAAGAGGAAAAAAUAAGACCAAAACAAUAUAUUAGAAAGUAUUUUUGUUUUUUAUUACUAAACAAUCCCAACGGGCAAAGUUAUAUUAAAAUACUUUUAUUGCCACAACACAAUUGAAGCUGUUUAUCAAAAAAUUCAAGAGAAGAGAACAAAAUUUGGGUUAUGUAGGAUUUACAAAGUACAGCCAUGAAUCCAUUGAAAAAACUUUCACACUACUCAACUCUUGAUUUAGGGGGGGGGGACAAAAAUAUGCCCGUAAUUUCAGAAGAAAUUGUUGGAAUGGUUGAAAACCAGAACGGUAUAAGUUACAUUUUAUAAAUUCAGAGAAAAACAUGUUAAUUUUAGGUUAUAUUUCAGUGACAAUGUGAUUUUGGGGUUGUGGCAUUGUGGAUUUAAUGAACAAUUGAAAUGCCAUGGUUGUAAUGAUGGAACAAAGCACCAAGAAUUUACAGAUUUACGAGAAUACAUAAAAUGUCACUUAUACCAUUCUGGUUUUCACCCGUUCAUUUAUAAUAAAUUGUAUACUUUCAGAUUGUGACAGACAAUAUGAGUGUAGCAUUGCCCACCAGCCUUCAAGCAUUAUAUUAUAAUAAAACUGUAUGUUGUUUCUGAAAUUAAGUCAAAUUGGCUGUUUCAUGUGUUUGUUACCAACUUCAAAGAAUAAACUUUUCAACUCUUCACUCUCUUUUUUAAUCAAUGUAUUUCAGGUACAUGUAAAAUUUCCAAACUGAUUUGAUACUAUGAUGUUAAAUUGUGAAAAUAAAUAGGAUUGUUUAUUCAUUAAAGUAGCAUUCAAUCCAUCUCAUUGAUCAUACAUAUCAGAUUAUUUUGGAUUCUGUAAGCAUUUGGAGUGAAACAUGUUGUGUAUUUAUAAAAGAUACAUGAUUAAAUUUGUUCAAAAGAUUGGUUGCCCCAACCAGAAUUCGAACCCGAGCCUUCUGGUUUAUCGAAACAUUGGUGUAACAGAAAGAAAAAUAUUAUAUGGAGGAAUGUUACAAAGAAGUUUCACUGUAUAUGAAAAAUCAAAUGACACAAACAGAUUACUAAAACUCAUUUUUAAAGCAAAUUAAAGUAACAUGGAAUUUGUCCGAUUGCAUUAAAAAGCCGUGAUUUUACUUCUCGGAGAAUGGUAAAUCAGAAUUGUUAGGGAAUAAAGAGUAAAAGAAUACUUUGUGAUGAAUGUUUUUCUGUGAUUAUAUGCUUUUGUGCCAAUGAUGCAAAUGUAUUAUCUGAUAUGAAGGAAGAAUAUUUUUAAACAUGUUUUUUAUUUAUAGGAUGCUAGAUGAUGUAAGCAUUGUGUUACAAAAUGAGUUGUUAUGUAGACUUAACUGAGAGAAUUGUAAAACUGUAGUUAAUAUUCUUAUUUAUGAAAUUUGACUGCAUUCUCAAUGUUAUUCAUUAUUUGGACAGUGUAGAGUUAAUACUCACUGACACUGAUCUUCUUAGUAUUGUUUAUAGAAUCUAAUGGGCAUUGAACCACAGAUUUAUAAAAAGUUAUGUGUUCAAAAAAUAUUUUACUUGCAAAAUAAAUGGUAAAUGAGUAAUA